CCCUGUGCCCCGCAGCGUUCGAUCUCAGGACGGAGACACCCUGGGCUAGGGUGCCCUCCGCUCAGCGCCCUGCGCUGUAGCAGCAGCCGCCUCUCGCUUCCCGCCUGGCCGUGCAGGGUGGGAGUCGAGAGCAUCUCCAAGCACCCAAGCCAUGGUGGCCAAACAGCGGAUCCGGAUGGCUAACGAGAAGCACAGCAAAAACAUCACCCAGAGGGGAAACGUAGCCAAAACCCUGGUUGACCACAUAAAUACUGGCUUUUCCUGGAGAGGCAGAACAUUCUGGAAACUGCCUCCAGAAGGAGUCACCCCAGAAAGCAUCCUGAGGUGCGUGAGAACUGGACACCCCCAGAGGAUCAAGAUGGACAGUCUGGAGGAGACAUCUCCGCAGCCAUCAGCUCUCCCAAGCUAUCUUCCAGAUCAUACAGAGCAUAAGGAUGGGCAUGUGAGAAGGCCAGGGCGUUGGUUGCUGCUGCCCUGCUGCCGGCAGGUGGAGGGCCACGGAGAUCUUCAGCAGGUCUACAGCAAGCGAACGAGCCGCGGGCAAUAGAAAAGAGGUCCCCUGUUAUUCCCUCCCACUCCAUGGUGGAGGUUCGACCAAAUUGCCUUCUCACAGGACAUCUCCCUGCAUCUGUGUCCUCCAGUGGGAAAGGACUCUGCUCUUGCCGGCCCGACUGGAAGCCACGUGGGGGGUCGGCUCUUGUGCUCCCUGUCCGGUUCCCCGGGUUUCACUGUGGUGUGCAUGUGGCCCUCUGAGCGACUGCCCAUCUACAUCCCUGCCAAUACGGUCUCUUCUCUGUCAGGAAUUGGUUUUACAAAUAAAUGUCUUCAUUCAACCUUAA